UCAAGAUGCAAACCAUUCAGACGAUAGAGAUGCAGUUACCCGUCCUACGAGAGAGUUUCCACUCCUCUCCCUUCAGAGAGAGAGCGAAAGAACGCAGGAAGAGCAGCCUGACAAAUCUCAUCAGAAGACAACAGCAACAGUUAUUAUGCCAGCAACAACAAUCAGAAUUACAUCAGAAGCAGCAGCUGUCCUCAUCCUCGCAGGGCCACACUGCACAUGCUCAGUUGGUCCGCUCCUCCAGCAGCCCGUUAUGCGACCUGGUGGAGCAAACAGAUGAGCUAGAGAAAGUGAAAGAGAUUGGGAGGCAGGGGGAGCUGUCUCUCAGACGGUCCUCGGGUACAGCGUCACAGCCAGCAUCAUCAUUACAGCAGCUGCUGCUGCCGGCGGUGAAGAGAGAGAGAGCGGGAUUAGAGAGGGAGGGGGAGAAAGUGCAAGGGAGCACGGAGAGAAGAGAGAAGAGAGAGCAGCACGGAGAACGAGAAAGUCAGUCCUAUCACACACGUUCCCAACAUGGCUUGAUCGCUAAAGGUGUUCGCCUUCUGAGGAACAUGGGGAACCAGGAGGCCAAACUGAAGAAGCCCACUGUCGCGGAAGGUGCUGGCAGUGGGGCGAGCACUGAGGACCGAGACCAUCUCAAGAAGAUUAAGAAAAGUAAAUUGUCGGGCGACUCGGACAAAAAGAAGUCCAAAUCAGAGGGCUCCAAAGGUUCUGUAUUUUCCAACAUCCGUAUCAGAAAGGGCCUCUCCCGGAAAGGGUUGUCCAAAGAGGAUGUACUGGACGGUGGGAUUAGGAUUAAGAGCAUGGAUGCUAACAGCAGCAGCAAUGGUGGAAUAUCGGGUGAUGAGCUUGAGGGUCUCAAGCCUGAAAGUAAACAACUCACGGCCGAAAGCAGACAGUCAACCCUGGAUACGACAGAAGACGAUGCUGAAGGAUCAGGGUCAGAUACAGACCUCUACAGCUACCACUCAGCCUCCGAGGCUCAAGAUCUGCUGUCGGAUAUCCAGAGGACUAUCAGACAACAGCAGCAGAUGGAGGGACUUUCUGAGGGGGAAGGCCAGACUGAGGUCACUCAGGGUCUUACUAGUAGUAGCUUUGUUUGUAUGGGUGAACCAGAGAAGGUAGAAGGUGUAUUUGCAUCUGACAGCAAAGUGCAAGAUCUUAAAUCUAGUAGGGAUACAGUAGAAGAGGUGAUUACAACAAUGCUAAAGGUAGAAUCAGGUGGUGAAGUGACUGCAGAUAGAUCUGAACACUUAACCAGUUUGGCCAGUGACUAUAGCAUUCAGGAGAGUAUCACUGAGACAAGUAGUGUCCAGGAUAACAUAGCUGUUAGCAAAUCAACAAGUAACUACAGUUUUCAGGAUACUACGGGAACAUCCACCUCUUAUGAGAGUGCAGAGGAGAUCCUGGAGAGUUCAUCUCUAUCGUCUCCUCUCGAAGAGUGUCAUUAUGGUAGCAACAGCCUGACUCAAAGCUUAGAAGUUGGUCUCAAUUCAGGAAAUCACACUAGCUCAAUGUCCAAAAUCAGCCGGGUUAUUUUCGUCCCACAGAAGAGCAUUAGUAGCGUAGAGCUGAAUGUAGAAGGUGAUGGUGGUGUAGAAGAGGUAGAACGAGAGUAUUCCAACCAUCAGAGAAGGAAAAGCAGUGCUGCGUCCAUUACCCAGUGGUCAUCCGAGAACUUUUUAGGCUUAGGGUCACGACCACGUAGAACGUCCAGUGCAAACCUCGGGGUUAAAUCUUAUCCCACAGUACAUGCUUCUUACGUUAAAACAACCACCAGACAGCUCACUUCGCCCAUAAUAUCUCCCUCCCCAAGCCCUAUGUGUCCUCGCAAGGUUGGCUUAGAGUUAGGCUCAGGUCAAGGGUCAUACAGAGCAGGAAGUUGGAGAGCACGUAGACAGCGGUCUUGUAGCAUUGCAGGUCCGGUGGGUUGCCAUGAUGAAUGGUGUGAAGCUAUACAUGGUCAAUCAGAGCUUAUUGAUCCUGGCUUCCAGACCCUCAGAUCCACGCAAACACCAUCCGCCUUUCCAGAUGUGUUUUCAGGUCGCUCUUUGUUCGAGAGGUGUCUUGUACAGUGGGAUUGUUCUAAAGAUGACAGUGCUACACAGGAUAUUGAGAGAUUCUGUUCCCGUAUUCUUGCUCUGGGGAUUCUACAGCCUUUCAGUGACAGCAUCAGGGAACCACCCACAGGAAGUGAUGUUACAGAUAAGCCCAUUUUCAAUAAGGAUCAGCUGUAUACUUGGGCUCCAGUGGGACAGAAUGAGAUCAGAACACCUGGACGACUCCAAACAAUGUGGCCUCCGAGUCCGUCGCCCACUGCUGCACAGGAUGGAUCCACGAGGCAAUCUGGAAUCGUUCCGGAAGGGACUUCCGUUUCCAUUCAGGAGCUAGAGCGAACAAUUGAAGAAUUACUUGUGAAAAUAUCUGAUAUGGAAAGAGAUAAUGAUGUUUUGGAUGGCACAAAGCUUGGGAUGAGGGAUCGAGAAGUGGGUGGUUUCAGUCAAACCAUCAAACAGACUAAAGUUAAUGAACGACGAGUUCUGCACCAUGUGAAAGCCAUUCAAACCUCGCCUGUUGAGGAAGCCUUUAAAUUUCCAGUGCCUUUAUCAGACCAAUCACACACUCCUAAAUUAAGUGAUACCGCCACUUCACCGGUGGGAUUGCCCAGUGCCUGUAACUGCCAAAGAAAACAGGAAAUUCGUCCCUCUGCACCACCGUUACUUCCUGUUGUUCCUGUCCCAAUUCCUCCACCUCCUCCACCUCCUCCACCUCCACUUCCAGAUAUGACACCGCCUCUCUCAGGUAUGACCCCGCCCCCUCCACCUCCACUUCCAGGUAUGGCUCCACCCCCUCCACCACCGCCACUCCCAGGAAUUGUUCCACCGCCUGCACCUGUGGGCAUGGCUCCACCCCCUCCUCCACUCCCAGGCAUGGCUCCACCCCCUCCACCUCCACUCCCAGGUAUGGCCCCACCCCCUCCUCCUCCACCUCCUGGCUGUGGACCUCCACCGCCCCCUCCUCCACCUGGUAUUGGGCUACCACCACCACCCUUUGGUCCCCCUCCACCCUUCAUGGGGUUGGUGCCAUUUGGCAUGGCUCAGGAGUCCAUCCCCCUAAAGACUGUCAUCGAGCCUCCAAGGCCCAUGAAACCACUCUACUGGACACGGAUUCAGCUACAUGCCAAAAAGGAUGCCAAAAGUGCCCUUGUGUGGGAAAAGGUUCAAGAGCCAUCAGUAGACUUUGACGAAUUUGUGGAGCUGUUUGCCAAAAGCGCAGUCAAGGAAAAGAAGAAACCUAUCUCAGAUACCAUAACGAAAUCAAAGGCCAAACAGGUUGUCAAGCUGCUGAGUAACAAACGUUCUCAGGCGGUGGGGAUUCUGAUGUCCAGUCUUCAUUUAGAUAUGAAGGAUAUUCAGAAUGCCAUCUUGAACAUGGACUGCACAGUGGUGGAUCUGGAGACUCUCCAGGCACUGUAUGAAAACAGAGCUCAGAAAGAAGAGAUGGAUCAGAUUGAGAAACAUAUCAAGACUUCAAAAGAUAAAGAAAAUGCAAAACCACUGGACAAGCCUGAACAGUUUCUGCUGCAGUUAUCAGAGGUUCCUCAGUUCUCUGAGCGGGUUUUCUGUAUUCUCUUCCAGUCCACCUUUACAGAAUGUGUUACAUCAGUUCAGCGCAAGCUUGAAACACUGCUGAGAGUCUGUACGGCUCUACAAUCAAGUCAAGCCGUCUUGCAGGUUCUGGGUUUGGUUCUAGCAUUUGGAAACAUUAUGAAUGGGGGCAACCGGAGCAGAGGACAGGCAGAUGGCUUUACCCUUGACAUCCUGCCCAAGUUAAAAGAUGUCAAGAGCAGUGAUAAUUCUCAGAGCCUCCUGUCCUACAUAGUUGCUUACUAUCUGCGACACUUUGAUGAGGAUGCAGGUAAAGAAACAUGCGUGUACCCACUUCCAGAGCCUCAGGAUCUGUUUCAGGCUUCGCAGAUGAAGUUUGAGGACUUUCAACGUGACCUCCGCAAACUACGGAAAGAUCUAAAUGCCUGUUCAGCAGAAACAGAAAAGGUGUGUAAUGUCUCGUCUGAGGAGCACCUGCAGCCCUUUAAGAACAAAAUGGAAGAAUUUCUCACCAGAGCCAAAGCGGAGUUGGAGCUCCAGGAAAAACAGCUCACUGACACGCAGAGGAUUUUUCUGGAGCUGAGCGUGUUUUUCUCAGUCAAGCCUAAGGCGGGAGAGAAGGAGGUUUCACCGAACACAUUCUUCACAGUGUGGCACGAGUUUUCGUCAGAUUUUAAGGAGCUGUGGAAGAGAGAGAAUAAAUGCCUACUGCAGGAACGGUUGAAAGCUGCAGAAGAGACUUUCAGACAAGCACGAGAGAAGGCUACCUACAACGUAAAACCUAAACAUGCAUCAGGGAUAAAAGCCAAGCUGGGACAGAAAAUGUGAAGUUCUGCUGUACCAAAUCCAACAAAACUUCUUGUUUCCCCAGUUCUUUCUUUCUUUUUCUACAUAACAAUUAAGUUUUAACAAAAGGUUUGCAUUAUUUUAGUACAUGAGCAUGGUCAGAAUUUUUAUGAAGACAAUCAAAGCUUAAAGUGCCCAUAUUUUGACCAUUUUCAAAUUCCUAAUUUUCUUUUUAGGAUCUGCUAGAACACAUUUUGCUAUAAAAAACAUUAUUUCUCUCAUUCUGUACACGGUUAUUUUCACUCUCUGCCUAAAACUCUCUCUCUUUUACUUUGUAUCUCUUUAAAGCCCGCCAUUCCAAAAAACCAGUCAAGCGCUUAACAGCAUGUCAGAAAUGUAACGCCCCUUCACAGUUUUCUGCUCCAACUAUGGCGUAGUGAAAUCCACUUACCUCACUAAUUGUUCUUUGAGGGUGGGUCAAAGCAAGCCAGUAUGCCAGCAUUAUGCAAAUGUAUAUUAUGGUGACAUAGAAGCUAAGUCAUGGAAAUAAUGGCGGGACAACAAACGAAGCAUUUCAGGCAAGUGUUUUCUGUUAGAGGGAUUAAUUUCCUUUGGCGUGGACUUUGUGCUUUGUAAUUUUGCAGAACGUUUACAUGCUCAAACGGUUGUAUUACACACUAAAGGAAAGGUGAUUAAAUUAAAAAAAAAAAACAUAAUAGGUGCCCUUAAAAAUGAAACAAGCUAGCUGCAGUUUUACAAAAGCACUGGUUGAAUAUUUAGUAGACUCAAUGCUUUGGCCUACACACAGAAUCUGCAUGUUUAUUUUCAUAUUUUCCGUCAUGAAAUUGUUGAAAGAUUUAUUGUACCUUGUGUAUUUAAAUAUAAAAUAUGUGCAAUCUUGUAGGUGAAAGCCAUAGUAUUUAAUGAGCAAAAGGAGAUAAAUAGCGGAUUUCAUGCAGGCCGACCAAUAAAGAAAUCUGCCUUUAAAGGAGAACUCCACUUCCAGAACAACAAUUUACAAAUAAUUUACUCACCCCCUUGUCAUCCAAGAUGUUCAUGUCUUUCUGUCUUCAGUCGUAAAGAAAUUAUGGUUUUUGAAGAGUUUUUCUCCAUGUAGUAGACUUCAUUGGUGCCCUGAUUUUGAACUUCCAAAAUGCAGUUUAAAUGCAGCUUCAAAGGGCUCUAAAACAAUCUGUCAUUUUUGUUCAAAAAAUAAAAAUUUGUAUACUUUUUAAGCACAAAUGCUUGUGCAGCACAGGCUCUGGGAUGUGCGUCACAACGUGUCUGUGUACUCCGGCUCAAAAAGGUAGUGUAUGCCCAAAAACUCCAUCUUAUUUUCUCCUACAGCUUCAGAAUCGUCCGACAUCGUUGUACCUUCUUGUUUGUAAACAGCAUUUGACUUACUUGCACUUAGUCUUUGCGCGUUCGCUUUGUAAACACUGGGUCUGUAGUUCUGCCUAUGUUCCACAUGACCUUUCGACAUGAUUCAGUAGUAUGUAGCGUCGUGGACAUGCAUCCCAGAGCUAGUGUUAUAUGAGCUUUUGUGCUUAAAAAGUAUACCAUUUUUUAUUUUCCCGAAAAAAAUGACAGAUUGCUUCGCUAGGUAAGACCCUUCUUCCUCGGCUGGGAUCAUUUAGAGCCCUUUGAAGCUGUAUUUAAAGUACAUUUUGGAAGUUCAAAAUUGGGGCACCAAUAAAGUCCAUUAAAUGGAGAAAAAUCCUGAAAUGCUUUUCCUCAAAAAAUUUCUUCACGACUGAAGACAGAAAGACAGGAACAUCUUGGAUGACAAGGGGGUGAGUAAAUUAUUUGUAAAUUGUUGUUCUCAUUUAAAUAAUGUGUUUAUUCUAACCUGGCAAUGACAUUAAAGUAAAUGGAAUAACUGAAUACAUAAAGAAAUGGCAAUCUCCAGACAUAAUAUGCGACUCUGACCUGUGUAAAGUCAUGAAAGAGUGUGUUUUGAUUAUUUUUAUUUAAAAAGCCACAGCCAUCAGAAGAGAACCAACCUAUUCUUUUAAUGCAUCCAUAGUUUUCUCUACAGGUGUUUAUAGCUAUUUCAGCCUAUGAAAUUUACACAGCACUGAGUGAUUUGUGAGUUUCUUUGUUUUGAACUGAGCAGUUUAAUGAACGGUUGUUGAGAAACAUACGAUAUGCAAAUAUUAUGACUUAUGCCAUUCUUUAUUUUGUGUGCACAGCUGUUGUUAGUAGUUCACUGUGCAAUAACCUUUG